CCACGGCACUGGCCGACCUGGGUCACCACGCCGACGCCGACCUGGGCCACGUCGGCCUGGGCCACGCCCGCGGCGGUGGUGCUGCUCUCCGCCGUCAUGACCGUCGCCUCUCCCAUAGCGGCAAGUACUCGUCGCGGACCAUGGCGUCCCACGGCGUCCGUAGGUUCGCCUGUCUGAGCCGUGUGCGGUGCGUGUGCGGUGCAGGGCCCGUUUCGCAUCGUCCCGGACCACCUGGACGAGUGCCCGCCGGAAAUGAGGCCGCAGAAGAAGUACUACAUCGCGACCUACUCGGCGGUGCGGGAUCGGUCGAACCCUGACACGUGGUUCUACUCGUUCAACACGACGACCUUCUUGCCGUGCACCGACGACUACACGCUGUCCGUGAACCUCGCCUCCUGGAGUUCCCGAGGCGGCUGGAAGGACAACGCCUUCCAGAAGACCAUCGCCAAGCCUUGCACCACGGUCCGCUCCUUCUUCCCCCGCGAGUGGCGCAAGGCCAUGGUGUACGUCUUCAACGACCCCGACCGGAAGUGCCCGUUCCCGCCGGGCACCUACACCGCGACCAACGUGUCGACUCAGAACGACUUCACCUUCCCGCCGAGCUUCUUCUACGGCAAGUUUCGCGGCACCGGCCGCGUCUUCACCUUGGCCAAGGAGCUCGUCGGCUGCGUCCGCUUCUACUUCUCCAUCGUGCCCAAACACCCCUGAAGCGGAGCGUUACUUUGGCUUUAUGUCUCCGGGGCCGGGUCCACUCGGUUUUAUUUCCAAAUAAAUUUGUUUUUACAAAAACAUAGAACACCUGUGUGCGUCAUGGCACAGGGCUCGCAGGCCGUAAACUCCCUGACCUCCUCAAGGUGAGCGAGGUGGUCCAGGGACCGAGCCAGGAACGGUGCGGCCGGACCGGGCCGGACGUCCUGCCCGCCAGUCGCCGUCGACGAGUCCGAGCAGCAGCAC